CUAUAUAUUUAAAAAAAAUUGACUAAUUGAUAUUUGGGGCUUGUCAUGUGUUAAGUGGAGGAUAUACAGUUGUUACAGUUGUGGUAGCAAAAGUCACCAAAGAGAAUAGAGAGAAAGAAAUUGUUGGGCGAAGAUAGGGAUGAAGAGGGAGUGCGAACAGCUUGGUUCCAGCGCAGGGAACUCAAGCUGCGGGUACUCGAGUGACAAAUCGAACAUUUGGGACGAGGAAGGAGGCAUGGACGAACUUCUGGCGGUGGUGGGUUAGAAGGUGAGAUCUUUCGACAUGGCGGAAAUCGUGCAGAAGUUGGAGCGUCUUGAAGAAGCCAUGGGAAACAUUCAAGACGAUCUCAAGGAACUUUCAGAUGGCGCCGCGCACUAUAACCCCUCUGAUAUCUCCAAUGUCGAGACCAUGCUCUGCAAUUUCGACUUGCUUCCUCCAGAAGAACCAGAUAAGGGCUACCCCUCUUCAGACUAGGAUCUCAAGGCUAUUCCAGGGAAAGCAAUUUACGACAGAGGUGUUAGCACCACGCCAAAUGCUAAGCGUCGCAAAUCUACCAAGUCAACGCGUGCUUUUCUGGUUGUUGACUCACAGAAGAACGGGAUCCUUCACGUGCACAGUCUCAUGGCGUGCGCGGAGGCCGUAGAAAACAACAACCUCGUCGUCCCGGAGUCGUUGGUGAAGCAGACCGGAUUCCUCGCGGUGGUUGGAGCUAUGCAGAAAGUCACCACCUACUUUACGGAAGUGCUCACAUGGCGAAUCUAUCGCAUUUUCCCUCUCCAGCACUCAAUCCCAGACUCUCUCGAGAUUCACUUCUAUGAAACCUGUCCUUACACCAAGUUCGCACUCUUCACCGCGAACCAAGCUAUUCAGGAAGCGUUCCAAGGGAAGAGCCACGUUCACGUCAUAGAUUUCGGAAUCAACCAGGGGAUGCAGUGGCCAACACUGUUGCAGGCUCUCGGCCUUCGUCCCGGCGGUCCUCUCACUUUCCGGCUCAUCGGAAUCGGGCCUCCAGCAGCGGAUAACUCUGACCAACUCCAGGAGGUCGGAUGGAAGCUCGCACAGUUGGCAGAGACGAUUCACGUGCGGAUUGAGUACCACGGCUUUGGCGCCAUCGAUCCGUUGUCCAUAAUUCGGUCGGAGAUUCUGACAGUGGUGGAGCAAGAAUCGAAUCAUAAUGGACUGAGGUUUCUUGACCGCUUCAUUGAGUCGCUACACUAUUAUUCAACUUUGUUCGACCCGGUGGAGGGCUCGCCUGUGAAUCCAGAGAAUAAGGCGAUGACGGAGGUUUACCUAGGAAAAAUAUGUAACGUGGUGGCUUGCGAGGGAAUAGAUCGCGUGGAAUGGCACGAGACCCUUAACCAGUGGCAGAACCGGUUCAGUUCGACAGGGUUUUGUCCGGUUCGUUUGAAUUCCAACGCGUUCAAGCAGGCUAGCAUGUUGCUCGCUCUUUUUGCUGGUGGGGAUGGGUAUAGGGUGGAGGAGAACAGUGGGUGUCUCAUGCUGGGAUGGCACACAAGGGCCUUGAUUGCCACUUUCGCGUGGCAACUCGCAACGAAAUCGGUGGUUGCACUCUGAAUCUGAUACCGAUUCACCAUACAACCUUUUAUUAUUAUUUUUUAAAAAAAUUAAUUUUCAAUUCACUCCUGCUGAAAAAAAAAAAAAGGAACUUGUGGGGAUGAGGGGGCAGUGUGUAAAUGUGCUAUGCUUGAGCACUGAUUGCAUGAGACCGAGACCCACCCCAUUGUCCAUUUAUCUACCGCAACUUAUGUCUUCUGUCCGACCCUUAAUUUACCUAUGUCAGGGGUUUAUUUUUUCUCUUCUUUUUCAAGUAAACCUGUUUUUUGUUCUGCUUUCUUACUGCUUGGGUUGGAUGGAAUCUCUUGUAAUUUGUUAGGAUUGAAUUUAAAAGCUUAAUGUGCAUUA